UCCACCUUUGAACAACAACUUCCUGAUAGGGUCGCGUCUCACGAGUACACCGUUUUAUGUCACUGCUGGGAAGAAUUCACACUCAAGCGGGUGAAUGUAAAGCGUGAGGAACUGGACAACUAAAGAUAGCAAUCUUCUGCCCGCCGUCAUCAUGUCGGACCUCAGAGAAGAUUGCGGGCUAGACACCGAUUCCAUGGUUGACUUCUCCCUAAUGAACAACCGUCUUGACUCAUUCCAUGGCUCCAGUUUGGCCGAGCAGGUGCCCGCAGAGCGACUGGCCCGGGCCGGCUUCUACUUUACCGGUCAAGCCGAUCGCGUCUGCUGUUUCAGUUGUAAGACGACUGUGGAAAACUGGUGCCGGGGAGAUACACCUGUAGAAAGACAUAAGGAGGUUUCCCCGUGGUGCAAGUUCCUCAGCUGCACCCAUCGCACCAAUUUCCAGCACAAUUCACAGUUGACUGGCUCCAGAUACAAUGAAGAAGCCGAAGACAUGGAAUAUCGUUUGAGAACAGGAGAGGUGGUUGACGAGUCCACCUACCCAAUGGUCCCUCACAUGAGGAGGGAGGAGGCCAGACGUCAGACCUUCUCCUCUUGGCCAUCCACUGUUCCUGUGACACCAAGAGAUCUGGCCCAAGCUGGCCUCUACUACUUAGGCCAGGGUGACCGGGUGCAGUGUUUUUGCUGCGGUGGCAUGCUAGGUGGCUGGGAAGCAGGAGACACGGCCUGGGGUGAACAUAGCAAACAUUUUCCCUACUGCUUCUUCAUCCUUGGCCAUGAUGUGGGCAACAUCCCAUCUGAGAGAAGUACGGGAGAGGAGAAUUGUAGCAGUCCACCUCAAGUAAACACUUGCAUUCCUAUGGGGAGUUUCGAAGAGAGGCUGCGCAGUUUUGCAGGGAUCCAGCACCCAAUAGAUUAUGCCCGACUUGCAAGGGCUGGCUUCUACAGCAGAGGGACAGGAGACAUGGUGAUGUGUUUUCGUUGUGGAGGAGGAUUAAAAGGCUGGCAGCCUGAUGAAGACCCAUGGGUAGAGCAUGCCAAAAGUUACCCUGGAUGCAGCUUCUUGUUAGCAGAAAAAGGACAAGAAUUUAUCAACACCAUCCAGCUGCGAGAUCCUCAGCGAAACAAAGCUACCUCAAGUCAUCAGAAUGGAUUUACAGGAUACAGAAAUGUUCAGGGUCAUGGGAAGCUAGAGCUUAUUCUAGCUGACUUUUGGUGGAAUGCGGACUACACUUUGGACCAAUCACAGGGCACAUAAAAAGACAAAAUCGUUCACACUCAAAUUCACAAUGUCACUGAGUGGGAACUGAACCCACGCUGCCUCCACCAAAGUCAGGCAAGUGUACCACUACUACACCAUCAUUUACUUGGAAUAGAUUUCCUUCUUUCCAUUACAUAUUUUAGACUGCCAAAAAAAACAUAAGUGGUGGGAGUGGAAGAGUAAAUCCUUGAUACUGUAUUAUGUUAUUAUGCCAACAUUAACGAUGGUGUCGCUGUACAGCGAUUUUGCGAUAAUCUAUAUAAUGAAGUACAACACAAUACAGUAGGUGAACUUCUAGAAAUAUUUUAUUCAAAUAGGACAAUGUGAAAGUGAGCAAAUGUUUUUGGUCUAAUUACAACAAUGUAACAAUAAAUCACAAAACAAAGAAUUCUUGGCAAUGUGUCUUCUGCAUGCAGGACACUUGUUUCCACACACUUAUUGACAACUGUAAUGUGGGAGUUUGGCUGUAAACAACCUCUCCAUAAAUGAAAAUACAGAGCUUUUACCAUCUUUAUGGGUGUUAGGUUUACCUCGUUGACAGUAAAAUCCUGAUUCAGGGCACAAAACAGCAAUGCAAAGCAAUGCUACAUUGACACACCCUUGUGUAGAGGGGUGCAGGGUGAGCAGUGUAUUACUUAUGAGACCGGGACAAGCUUUCAAGAGAGCUGUAAAAUGAUGAUGGAAAAUGGUUGAUUUAGUUAUCCUGUCAGUAUUUUGACAAAAGCAUGUCACAGAUGUGUUAAGACACACUGGGAAGGGAAUUAUUUUUAUGAAAAAAAAAAAAACCACAUUGUUUGCUGUAAUCCUGUGAGAGAUAACAAAGCAAUUCAUUGUGAUGCUAUUUUGUCCCACCCCUAGGUGUAGGCAUAUACCGGCAACAAACACAAAAUGCCAGAAGAUGAUCAAAUAUGUAUGUUUUUGUGUAUAAUGAUGUUGUAAUGACAAGUAAACAUUUUGUGUUCCUUACUUUUGU